AUUCACUUACUUUUCAGUGUCUAACCAGUCCAUUUCUUAUACAGAUGAACUUCAGGAUGGAGAGCUACAUUUCUUGCCUUUGCUGGAUUCUUGGGAUCAUCUGACAUAGUCUGACCUGCAUUCACCUUACCUUUUUGACAAGGCAUAUCCAUUCUUCAGGAGAGUUUUUUCCGUAUAGUACACAUUGAACCUUGAAUAGUUAAGCAGCACACCAGAAAUAUGGAGGAGGGGGACCUAAGUGAAAGAGGAUUGCCACAAAUUGCUUCAAUCAUGAGUAGAGUUAGAGACUUGAAAAGCAAAUACAGAAAUGAAGAUAAUAUCACAGAUGAGCUUAACUGUACUAAAAUCUCAGCUGACACAACAGAUAACUCGGGAACUGUUAAUCAGAUAAUGAUGACGACAAAUAAUCCAGAAGAUUGGCUGUGUUUUUUGCUUAGGCUAGAGAAAAAGGGUAUUCCUCAGAAGGAUGUUAGCCUCCUAAAUAGACUCAUUGGUCGCUACAGUCAAGCUGUGACUGCAUUACCUGCAGAAAAGUACAGUCAAAAUGAGAGCUAUGCUCGCAUCCUUGUGAGAUUUGCAGAGUUGAAAGCUCUUCAAGAUCCAGAGGAGGCACGGGACCAAUUUCAUCUGGCCAAACUGAACUGCAAGAAAUUUGCUUUUGUGCAUGUGGCUUUUGCACAGUUUGAGCUGUCACAAGGAAAUGCGAAGAAGUGUAAGCAGCUCCUUCAGAAAGCUGUAGAGUGCUCUGCUGUUCCACUAGAAAUGUUGGAAACUGCUCUGCAGAACUUUGAUUCACAAAAAAAGCAGUUGCUUUCAGAUGAGGAGAAAGAGAACAUAGCAGUAUCAAGCACACAGGAGUCUGGACUUCAGAGCAUAUUUGGAAAUCACAGAAGCAUAAAAAGGAACGAUUGUGGUGAAAAUUCUACUGUUACCAGACUUUUGCUUGGGGAGGAAAAAUCACAGGAGCUUGAUGCUGUAGUUAAUUACCAGAAUCCAUUAAGACCACUAAACAAAUCUAACCAGAUCUGCCCCUUUGGGAGGGUUCCUGUUAAACUAGUAACUGAUGAUGAUGUGGCGAAGACAGAUAUACCACUUACAGCUAGUGUUAUGAAGAGGCAAAUAUCAGGCUCCAGGCUUACAGCCUUCAUUGCACCUUUUCCACUAUCAGAACCAAAAUCCAGUGGGAGUGAUUCAUAUGACCUGAGAGACUUGCAGAUGUUGGAUGAGAGCAGCUCAGAAACAGCUACCAAUUCAACUGUAACUCUCAAAGCCAAAAAUGGUACAAAUCUUGCAGUGAAAAAAGAAGAAAAUGAAGUCCAGCAUCAGGAGUCAAAGAUACCAGAGCUAAGGAGUCUGGAAAGUCAACAGCAGCAAUCUAGUUCUGGUGAAAGCUAUAGAAAGCAGUUGGAUCAGAUUAGAUUAAACUGUGUUAACAGCAGAAAAAAAUGGUCAAGUCAAGAAGUGACACAGACAAGCUGCAAUAGAGAGGGAAAACAGUCAAGCCUUGAACAAUCUGGUCAUCCCGUUUCAAAAGGAUUAUCACCGCCAGAUGCUGUUACAAAGAAAGGUGAUCUGUUACAUGUCUGUGGAACACCAAGCACCAGAUACAGGGAUUAUAUGGACUGUUUCAGAACGCCAGUUGUAAAGAACAACUUUCUACCAGGAUGUCAAAUUUCUACUCCCUACAGCCAGCUCCCAUAUUUCCUAUCACACACUCCAGCAACUCCAUUUCAAAACCAAGUUGGUUUGCAGGUUCCAGCUUCUGUACCUUCACAUGAAUGUCUUGCCAUCAAAGGAAAAGUUUAUACAAUAUUAAAGCAAAUAGGUAGUGGAGGCUCAAGUAAGGUGUUUCAAGUACUGAAUGAAAAUAAGCAGCUGUUUGCUGUCAAGUAUGUGAAUCUAGAGGAAGCUGAUCAACAGACUGUUGAGAGCUAUAAGAAUGAAAUUGCUCAUUUGAGUAAACUGCAGCAACACAGUGAUAAAAUCAUCCGUCUUUAUGGCUAUGAAAUUACUGAUCGUCAUAUCUACAUGGUAAUGGAGUGUGGAAAUAUUGAUCUCAACAGCUGGCUCAAAAAGAAGAAAAAAAUUGAUCCAUUGGAACGAAAGAGCUAUUGGAAAAAUAUGCUGGAAGCUGUUCACACAAUCCAUGAAUAUGGCAUUAUUCACAGUGAUCUGAAACCAGCAAACUUUCUAAUAGUUGAUGGUAUGUUAAAGCUGAUUGACUUUGGCAUUGCAAACCAAAUGCAGCCAGAUGUGACAAGCAUCAUUAAAGAUUCUCAGGUUGGCACAAUGAAUUAUAUGCCACCUGAAGCAAUAAAAGAUAUGUCUUCCUGUGGAGAAAAUGGGAAAUCUCGAUCUAAGAUAAGUCCCAAAAGUGAUGUGUGGUCAUUGGGAUGCAUUUUGUACUGUAUGACAUAUGGAAGGACUCCAUUCCAACGUAUAACAAAUCCAAUGAAUAAAAUGCAUGCUAUUGUUGAUCCUAGUUAUGAAAUAGAAUUUCCAGAUAUUGCUGAGAAGGAUCUUCAAGAUGUGCUAAAGCGCUGUUUAAUAAGAAACCCUAAACAAAGAAUAUCUGUUUCGGAGUUGCUGGUGCAUCCCUACGUUCAAAUUCAAAGUCAUUGUCAAACAGGUGCUCCAAAUGCAAAAGGAACAACAGAGGAAAUGAAACGUAUCCUUGGCCAACUUGUUGGCUUGAAUUCUCCCAACUCUAUUUCUAGAGCUGCUAGGACUUUAUAUGAACAGUGCAACAGUGGUAAAAGUCUCGAUGUAUCGGCAUUUGCAAAACAUGAGAGUCAAAAAUCGUGGACCACAAAAUGAUGUACUACCGUUCAAGAUGCAACAGAGAUGUCUGGUCUGUUCAGAAGAUAUUUUGUGCUGCUAGCUUUUAAAAGGACACUCGGCAUAAAGUUUGCGUUUUUAAAUGUUCUUUGUAUCUUCUGGUAACACUUGCAGAUCAUUACAAAGAAUUUGACUGAAUGCUUUUUCACUGUGGGCUGUUUCACUCUUUUCAUGCUGCAGUGAAAAUUACUAGUUGGUGAUUAUGGUCUUUGUUACUUCCAAAGCACAACAGUAUUUGAAGUACAAAAACUUGUAUGAGAAUCUUCAAGCUGUUAUCCCCCUGAAGCUAAAACAAAGAAGUUUGUAAAAUGCCAACUGGUGUACAUGAAAAAAAAUAUCCAAGUGUGUUUUGACAUAUCUCCUAUGGUAUGAAUGCAGGGUAUUAUGCUCUUCUGUCCUUUACCAGCAAAUGUCUGUUUAUAUGGGGUCAGUUACAAUGCUGAUAUAAACAUGUAAAUGUCACCUAGUUUUUGAGGUGUUCCUGUGGUUAAAUGACAUGGUGGAAUUGCUGUUCUGAAGCUAUAUGAAUCAAAUGGCUUUUGUUCUAUUAAAACUGCUGCUAAAAAUUCAGUAUAUUUUUCAAACUUCAGAAUAAUGGAACACCCAUCAAGAUU